AAGCAGGCUCCUAGAGCCUGGUAUGAUAAACUAAUGGGCCGUUUAGUUGCCAUUCCAUUUCUGUUAGCUGUCACAACAGAAAACAAAAUUGAAAUGAAAACGAAGCUGCCAUUUUCUGGAAAACAAAACCUGAAAAAAUCUUGUUUAGCUGAGAAUUUUGGUGAGUUCUAAAACUGAAUUCUGAAGAUGAAAACAUGUUUAGUUGCUUCAUAUUGUUUUCUGAUUCUUGAAUACCACAAUUUUGUUCAUUGAGUACCAUACAAACAUAGCCAUGAUUAUAAUUCGAAUUAAAUAGUUUUUAAACUACAAAUAAACACAAUACAAGUACAACAUCUUAUAUUAAUUAAGUACUAGUACAACAUAAAAAUUCAAAUAAGUCCAGCUUGAAAGCCAUGCCACAACUUGAGUAUCAUACAACUCUAGUCAUGAUUAUAUAUUUUAACACGAAUCAAUAGUUUAACCACUAAUAAACACAAUACAUGUAGAAACAAUGUAUAUACUAGUUUAUUUUUUAUAUGAUAGUGAGUAAACACAAAAUCCUAUCAUUAUAAACACAUUUAAAAUAAAAUAAUGUUUUUAAUCUUUAUUUAAUUUAAAUUCAUAUAUUUUAUAAUUGAGGUUAAAUAAUGUAGAAAAGUGAAAUUUUGUAAACGGGUAAACAAUUUCGGUGGGUAUACAUAGAAAAAAAAAAGUUUGGAUUAAAAAAUUUACACAUGGUAAAUUACUAUUUGAUGGGAAAUUACUAAGCCAAAACCGCCAAGCAAAUUAACUAAAAAAAGCUAAAACGAGAAUUGGGGGAAGCCUCCCAGGCUUGCAAAACAAGAAAGGAAAAAAAAGAAGUAGCUGGCAGGAUUCGAACAGGGGGACUCAUAAGUGCACAGUGACAAUUUUCCGCCAGGCAACGGGGAGAAACCCGUGUCAUAGUUUCCCCAAAACGUCUUUUUAUUGUUUUCCGCCAGCUACCUCAUUUAUGGCAUUCUGGUUUCCCAACGAAAAUAGAAAUUAGAAGUGAACAUGUUUUCUGCUAUUUGUUUCUUGAUUCCUAUUUUCACAACAAAAAACAGAAAACAAAAUGGGAAGUGAACAGGACAUUAAAGUUCCUUCCUUUUGGAAAAUGGUUUUCGAAGGGGCUUAGUGGAUAAAACCCUGUUUAUCAAACAAAAGAAUAAACACAUCUUGCUGGUUCAAUUCUAUGUCGACGACAUAAUUUUUGGAGCCACUUGUGAUAGUUUAUGCAGAGAAUUUGAAACCAAAAUGAAAGGUGACUUCGAAAUGAGUCUAAUGGGUGAAUUUAACUUAUUUCUCGGUCUCCAAAUUAAGCAAACUUCUGCAGGUAUUUUCAUUAAUCAGUCUAAAUAUAUAGUUAAUAUGCUCAACAAAUUUGAUCUCGAAAAUCUAAAAUAUGUUGUAACUCACAUGGCGUCAGCGAUUAAACUUGACAAGGAUGAGUCAGGAUUAGCUUUGAAUGAAGAACUUUAUCGUGGGAUGAUUGGGUCCCUACUCUAUCUAACUGGUAGUCGUCCUGACAUCAGGUUUAGUGUGUGCAUGUGUGCUCGAUUUUGAAGCUCUCUCAAGGAGAGUCAUCUGUCUGUAGUAAAAUGGAUUUUUAGAUAUUUAAGUGGGGACUUGUAGUUUAGGAUUGUGGUACUCUCGAGAUUCCAGCCUAGAGCCCAUAGGUUACUCUAAUUCUGCCUAUGCUGGAUGCAUAGUGGAUUGCAAGAGUACAUCAGGCACAUGCCAUUUUCUAGAUUCUCCUCUCAUGUCCUGGUUCAGCAAAAAAAAAAUUCGGUGGCUCUCUCCACUGCAGAGGCUGAGUACAUUGCAGCAGGAAGCUGAUGUACUCAGCUAAUGUGGAUGAAACAUCAAUUAUAGGACUAUGGUUUAAAGUUCGAUCGACUUCUUAUUCUAUGUGAUAACACCAGUGCAAUCAACAUGACUAAAAACUCAAUUCAACAUUCUCGAAAAGUUUCGUUAUCAUUUUAUUAGGGAUCUAGUUGAGGAAGGAAAAAUCUCUCUCGAAUUUGUUCCCACAACUUGCCAGUGGGCUGAUAUCUUCACCAAACCCUUGGGAUCAAAAGAAUUAGGAAUAUUUUCUUGGUUAGAGGUGGAUAAUCUCUUGAUCUUAUGAUUUUCACUUUCCUUAGUAAGGUCGUUUUCCCUCUUAUUUAGGGUCAACUUUCUUUCUUCCUUCCUAGUUGCCUCGUCUGUUCUCCCUGUUACCCUUCCUUAAUUGCUUAUGACUUUCCAUAUUUCCCUGCUUCCAAGCCUAUAUUAAGUCUUGCGUCAGAUUCUAGGUUUCUCAUCUUUUUACUCUCAUUCUUCCAUCAUCUUCUUGCAAAAAUGGCGGUCGCUCAACCCCAGGUUCCAUUGCUUCUGGCCCAAGCUGUUAUCUUCAAUGGAAAAGGGUUCAGAAAUGAUGAGGAAUAUGCUUGGUAUUUGCUCAAAUUUCAAGAUUUUCCUCUGUGUCCCUCGGUCUCCCUAGAUCACUCCCGCUUCAAUCGGUAUGGGAUGAAUAUUCCUGCUCUAAUUAAUGCUAUUGGUUGGUCAGAACUGCCUCUCGAGCAAUCCUUUAGCUUUUUUUCCUGAGCAGUAUGCAUGUUUUAAGCUAACAUGCCGCCGUGCUACAACACAAACCCUCUCUCAUUCACUACCAUAGUUUACAAAUAUCUGCUCACCGUCUUAGUGGAUAUUUUGGCGUACCUGCUUGGGAUUCCUAUCACUGGAAUAGCAGUCAUGAAUGAGGAUGAUUUCAUGGAUGUUGCAUUCAAUAAGAUCGAAGCCAUUCAGAAUUACACUCUUAAUAUUGGAAAUAAUUAUCCCUCGAUGUUUUCCUCCGGUCAUCUUCCAGAUGAUCUCAAAGUUUUGCACUUCUACAUCACUAGGUUUGUCCUCCCUUGUUCCCAUGGUCUUUCUACUAUCUACCCCAUUGAUCUUUGGAUUAUGGCCAUUGCUAAGGAAAAUCGCCUCAUAAGCUAUCCUCACCUCAUGUUCAAUCCUAUGAUCCAGUACUAUGAUGAUAACUAUAAUGAGGCCCUUCCCUUUGCCCCUCAAAUCACCUUGAUGCUUCGUUCCCUUGGCCUGGAUAUUCGCUUUAAGGUCUCUCGCGUCAAUCGCAUGGAUACUCUUCGUGCUCAGUUUGUUCUUCGCAAGGUGGAUGCCCUUGUUGGCCGUCGUCAUCCCAGGGUCAAUGCUUCAAAGGAAGAUAACACUACUGCCAAUGUAGUUCCCUUACCUGUGAGGAUGGACUUAGUCUUGGGUAGAAUCUCCAACCUAUCUGUUCUAAUCUAGGUAGAAUCGCAGGGGGAGUUCCUUUUCGGGUUCAAGCUAGGUAGAUUAGUAGGGGGAGUCUUUUUUUGAAGGUUGAAUGUUGGAGUCUUGUUCGGUCAAUAAAUCUCAGUUGUUGGCAGAGCAUUGGAGUGUGUUUUCCCUUAGAGUUAUCUGUCUUUUCGUUUCUAAAGUCAGGUUUCUUAUGUAGUCCAUCUUUUCUGAAGAAUAAUAAAAGAACUCUCUUCUGUGUGAAAUACUUGUGUUCUUAGUAUAAAAUAGUCUGCACGUA